AUGUCAAGCGACGACAGAUCAAAGGCAUUAGAGUCUACAAAGGACUCUUUUCUCGCGUUAAUUUCGAAACUUGACGAUUCACAGCUCCAUGAAUUUGAUUCGUUUGCCCGAUCGGCACUAGAGGAAUAUCACCGACAAUUACACAAAAGCCACGACGAUGAUUACGAAGACAUUGAAUAUGAGAAGGACGAUAAUGGUCAAUUCCAACCAUUUUCCGAUUACACCGAGCAAAACACUGUACAUGUUGAUGGCUUUUUAUUUACGGAAGACGAUGUGGAUGAUCUUUGUGACAAAGGAAAGCUGUCGCGAAACUAUUGCUUAGACUGCAAAUCGAGAAAUGUCAAGCCACUGAAUUUUAUCUCGCAUUCAGCCUCUGUCAUGCAGUUGCAGUUCUUAUACCAGGUGGCACUUGCCAACAAAGUCAAGGAUAAAGUGAUUGUGGAUAUUGGAUCUCGAUUGGGUGCUGUGUUAUACUCUGGCUACUUGUUCACUCAAGCACGUAAAUUGAUCGGCGUCGAGCUUAAUGAGUGGUUUUGCAAGCUGCAGCAAGAUAUGGUUAAAAAGUACAAGAUGGGUGAUCGUAUAGAGAUCGUUUGCAAGGACAUCCAACAAGUGCCUGAGCUUAUAAACAAGCAAGCAGACGUGGUUAUCAUGAACAAUGUCUUUCAAUUCUUUAAUGAACUGACAGUGCAACAGGAGAUAUGGAAGUUUAUUCGAGCAGAAACGAUGAAGCGGAAAGGACUGUUGUUGGUCACAUUGCCAUCUCUCCAGGAGCAGCUCAAGGAAGCCGGAUUACCCGCUAUCAAAUUGAUGCGUGGUUGGGUAAAGGAGGUCAAACUCGAUUAUGAAGGCCAGUGGUUCCAGGAUGAGUUGAACGACGAUGAAUUAGAUGAAAUUAGUCAAGUACAUAUGUAUAAAGUAAUAUAG